AUGUCAGAGGAGCCCAUCAAAGUCGCGGUGCUGGACGACUACCAGCGUGUCUCGCACACCUACGGAGACUGGUCUAUCUUGCAGAAUCGUGUAAAGGUGGACACCUUCAUCGAGACGCUGCAUGACGAGGAUGCUCUCGUUGAACGGCUCAAACCGUAUGCCAUCAUAUGCGCAAUGCGCGAGCGCACCAAGUUUCCCGCGUCUCUGCUAGACCUCCUGCCUAACCUGAAGCUCAUUGCGACCACAGGCAAGUACAACGCGGGGAUCGACGUCGCACAUGCGAAGAGCAAGGGCAUUGUGGUGAGCGGUACUGGCAAGGGAGGGAAGUCAACGGAGGAGCACAUUUGGGCUCUCAUCCUGGGCACCGCCAGGCAUCUAGCCCUGGAGGACGCAGGCGUGAAGGCCCGGCGUCAGGUGUGGCAGUCAACUAUCCCCGUUGGCCUUGCAGGCAAGACCCUUGGUCUCGUGGGAGCCGGUUUUCUUGGGAGUGCGACGGCCAAGAUCGCGAAAGUCUUUGACAUGGAAACUAUCGCGUGGUCGCCUCACCUCACUCCCGAGCGUGCAGCGAAAGCUGGAGUGACCUUCAUUUCGACGAAGGAGGAGCUCAUGAGGCGCAGCGAUAUCUUGUCCAUCCACAUGGUCUUGUCAGAGCAGACGCGUCACCUCAUCACAAGGGAGGACCUUGAGCUGCUGAAGCCAACUGCGCUGUUUAUUAACACGUCUCGAGGGCCCAUUGUAGAUGAGCAGGCCUUGGUGGAAGUCUUGCAGAAGAAGAAGAUUGCAGGAGCGGGUUUAGAUGUUUUUGAUAUCGAGCCUCUCCCGUUGGACCAUCCUCUGAGAGAUCUGCACAAUGUUACCCUGUCACCACACAUGGGAUACGUCAGCGAUGACAAUUACAAGGUGAUUGUUUAG